AUGCCGAGCUCUCAGGUGCCCGGUAUGGGCAGUAAUUUCAGUGAUGUUCCCUGGGAGUCUGGCCUCAGCAGCUCCAGUCAGGACCCGAUCUGGUCCUCCACUGCUAACAGCCUGGUAAAGAUUGUGCUCAUAUCUCUGAUUGUGUGCGUGUCCUUGUUUGGAAAUGUGGUUGUUCUCCUGGUGUUCCAGAGAAAGCCUCAGCUCCUGCAUGUGGCCAACCGCUUUGUUCUCAACCUCCUCUUGGCAGAUCUACUCCAGACCAUAUUGGUCAUGCCCUUUGCCAUUGCAGCCACGGUGCCAGGUGUGUGGCCUCUAGAUGCCCGACUAUGCCAGGCCUUGGUAGUGCUCAUGCACCUUUUUGCAUUUACUGGUGUCAACACCAUUAUAGUCGUCUCCGUGGACCGCUACUUGGCCAUCAUCCACCCUCUGUCCUAUCCCACCCGAAUGACCCCUCACUUGGGCACCAACCUGAUCAUCUGCACAUGGGUGCUCAGCUUCCUGCAGAGCACACCUCCCCUCUAUGGCUGGGGUGCUAUUGACUUUGACCACCAUCACAAGGUGUGCUCAGUAGUGUGGUCCUCCAGCCUGUCCUACUCUGUGGUGGUGUCCACCUUCUCUUUUUGGCUGCCAGUGUUUGUCAUGCUCGUAUGUUACUGGAUGGUGUUCAGAGCAGCUCGGAGGCAGAAUGCACUUGUGCACCCCAUACAGACACAGGCCUACUCCCAGCCCUGCACACAGGACUUCCAGGCACCUAGCAGCCCGCAGCAACAGCCACAGCCCCAGCUCCAGCAGGCAAGUUCACCUGAUGGCCCCUACUCAACCAGGGGGUACCCUGUUCGUGUUAGGCAUCGGCGUUUCCAUUACCACUGCAAGGCAGCACGUGUAGUUUUUGUGAUCAUGGCCUCAUAUAUCCUCAGCAUGGGGCCUUACAGCAUAUUAAAUACCAUAUCUAUGAGCGCCAGAGCAGCUAUACCCCCCUGGUUGUCCUCUCUUGCCCUUGUGCUCUUCUUUCUGCAGUGCUGCCUACACCCCUACAUUUACGGAUACAUGCACCGUAGCGUGAGAAAGGAAUUCCUUGCUCUGCUUUGUGGACUGUUCUGUAAACAGGGCCGUCCCAGCCAGAGCUCCGCUGUGGAGAGCUGCUUCACCGCUACUGAGGGACGCUCCGGUGCUCACCCUCACCUGCCCAGCCUCGCUGCUCGAGUCUUCCCCCUGCGAACAUGGGAAGAGUGCACCACAUCCUCCUCUCCCAUUUUUGAUAGAAAGUCAAAGGACAGCCGUAAAGAGACCACCUCGACCAGCGUCAGCUCUGAGAGGGAGCUCACAGUCCACAGCAAGCAAAGCACAUAA